UCGGCGCUUUUCUCUAGGUGAUUACAAGCACUGAUAAUCAUAUAAAGCAAAUAUAGAGAUAGUGAAAUGGCAGAAUAAAGAAUAUGUCCGCUGAGCUAGCAGACUGCAGAACAUGGGGAGUCUUCCAGAAGAGGUGAUGGUCAAUAACACUCAGAACUGCAGCAUUGAUCAUAGCAUACAUCAGAUGUUAUCACCCGUGAUAUAUAUACUUGUCUUUGUAGUAGGACUCCCAGCCAAUUGUCUCUCAUUGUACUAUGCCUACUUGCAAGUUAAGGUCAAGAAUGAACUAGGAAUAUACCUUUGCAAUCUAACCAUAGCAGAUCUACUUUACAUUUUCUCUCUACCUUUUUGGCUGCAGUAUGUUUUGCAGCAUGACAACUGGACUUACAAUGAACUCUUAUGCAAAAUUUGUGGCAUCCUCCUUUAUGAAAACAUUUAUAUCAGUGUGGGUUUUCUCUGCUGUAUCUCCAUUGACCGUUACCUUGCCGUGGUGCAUCCUUUUCGUUUCCAACAGUGUCGUACAAUGAAGGCUGCUGUGGUGGUGAGCACUGUCAUCUGGACUAAAGAAAUUGUGACUUGUUGGCUGGUUUUUAGACAUGGAGAAGUGAGUAAAGACUCGGAGAGCCAUGUGGUGUGCUUUGAGCAUUAUCCCAUAAAAUACUGGGAACAUAACAUAAACUUUUACCGUUUUACAGCUGGUUUCCUAUUUCCAUUUUGCCUCCUUUUUUUUUCCUACUAUGGAAUUCUACGUGUUGUCCGGAAGAGUCACGGUACUCAGAAAAAGAGGAAAAUUCAAAUUAAACGCCUCGUUUCAAGCACAAUCUUAAUUUUCUUAAUUUGCUUUGGACCAUAUCAUGUUCUUUUGUUAAUACGCAGCCUAUUUGAGAACAGCUGUGAAUUUGCUGUCAGAAUCUUUAACAUCUAUCAUAUUUCUCUUUUGUUGACUACUUUUAAUUGUGUUGCAGAUCCCAUACUAUAUUGCUUUUCAAGUGAAAAUACCUACCAGGAUUUUGCCAAAAUAGGAGGAUCUUGUUUAAAAUGCCUAAGAUGUAUUCCAACAGAAAACAAUGAAUCCUAUCCAUUAAAUACUCCAGAAACCAUGAAAAAAGACAGUGAACAAACUGAUCUGAACACAGGAUGUAUUAAAUGAAGUCUAUGUUAUUCUUAAAAUAGAAGAAAUAUGAACUGAGUCUUUCUCACCCAAAUAGUGAUAUAAUCUCUCCAUGUGUGGAUUUGCUCACUUCACUUUUUUACAUCUAAGUGUAGAUAUGAGAAUCAUUACAGCCUGUAAAAUGGUUCAUAAUUUAAAAAUACAGUUAAAUCUGCUAUACCAGCAUUCUUUCCAGGUGGGGAAUUCCUUGCUUCCUUUAAAAAAAUCAGCUUCAUUCAAUUAAGAACUUCACCCCAAUGUGUUAGUUAUGCAAACUAUAUUAACUUUGAAGUUUAUAAGCUAUUCAGAUGCAUACUCUUUGGAUAAAAAUAAUAUUCUAGAUUUAAAUACUGUAUUCUUGGAAAGUAGAUGUCAAAACAUAUUUUUAUAAUCACGUGUUAAGUCUAGCAACUAGAGUGUGUCAUAAGGUCUGAAAUUAUUUAAAUCCCUUCUACUAUAUGAGGUAAACAUUUACAUGGUUCACACAUUGUGCUAAGCAACUGGUAUGUUUUCAAAAACUAGCCAUACCAAUUUUUAUUCCAGCAUCUUGUGAAAACCUAGCUUAUGCGGUUGGUUUAUAGUUAGGAGUGUCAUGCAAAUCACACAACUAGGUUAAUUUUUAAUAAUCCACAACUGAGUCAAUUAUUAGUAGCCUAAUAUAAACAUAAUACAGUGUAUUUGAUUUCAGCUCAGUAUAUUGUAUGAAUAUACAUACAAUACUGUGGUUUAUUCCUGACCAAUACUGGAACUCAGUCAACUGAAGCUUAUUUAAAAACUACCUUAAACAAACAAUGCCGUAGCAAGAUAUG